AUGAGUCAAGCUGUGCCUUCCUCUUUGAUGAUUACUUUGAUAGAGAGUGUCUCCGUGCUGUCAGAUGAUGUUCUCUGUCUGAUCUUUCAAUUUCUGGAGGCGAAAUAUUGUAUUGGAUCUUGCUCGUUAACUUGUAAGAAGUGGCAUCAGUUGACUAAAUCUGUUCCACUUCAUGUUAAAUAUUUUCGGAUUAAUUAUAGUGAUUUGGUGAGGGUGGUUUCUACUGAUCAAAAAUUGGCUUUAAAUUUGAGUAGUUUGGAUUUGAAUGGAGCUGAAAUAAAGGAUAGAGGUGUGAAAUGUAUUGCUGAAAGUGAAUUCAUGGUCAACUUGAAAGCAUUGUACUUGGGAAGUAACAAGAUUGGAGAUGAGGGUGUUAAAUACUUGGCAGAAAGUGAAUAUUUGAAAAAUUUGCAAACUCUGGAUCUGUAUUUUAACGAGUUUCGGCUCGAUGGUGUGAAAUAUUUAACACAAAGUCCAUUCAUGUCCAAUUUGAGAAAGUUGAUUUUGAGUGCAACGUUUUAUGGAGCUGAAGGUGUGAAAUGUAUUGUGGAGAGUCCUUACUUGACCAAUUUGCAGAUACUCGAUUUGGAUAGAAAUAAGAUUGGAAAUGAAGGACUUGAAUAUAUUACCUCAUCUCAAUCCAUGUCAAAUUUGAGAGUGUUAAGUUUGUCAGAUAAUACUAUUCGUAAUUUGGGAUUGAAGUAUAUUGCAGAGAGUCAGUACAUGUCUAAUUUGGAAGAAUUAACCUUAAAAUCGAAUGAAAUUGGAGAUGAGGGAAUCAAAUAUAUUGCAGAGAGUCAGUUCAUGUCGAAACUUGGAAAAUUAUUCUUGACAACAAACUUUAUUGGAAAUGCAGGAGCAAAAUACCUUUCAGAUAGUCAAUAUUUGAGUAAUUUGCACACACUGGAUCUGUCAUCUAAUCAGCUGGAUGAUGAUGGUGUAAACUAUAUUAAUGAGAGCAAUUUAAUGAGCCACUUGACAUUUCUUAAUCUGAGUAAUAAUAAUACGAGUAACAAUAAGAAUUUAGCUCUCGAUAAUUCCGUGAUAUUUGUGCUUUGUUGUGUUGUACUUGGCAAGACCCUUUGUUCUUGUUGGUUUUAA